ACUUAUUCCGCCAUGGUGAGUUGGACUUUGUGUGUGUGCGCGCAUUUGCGGGGGGGGGGGAGCCGGACGGGGGACGGCGGGAAGGAGGAAAAAGAGAAGAAAAUACGCUUUCCUCUUUCUCUAUCAAGCUCAUUCGAAGAGAAAGUUAAUUGAAGGAACCCUAUACCUCCAAAUUAAGAGAGAUUUCACCCUUUAAUGUUGGCCAGAUGUCAGGGCUCCGCAGCGUCCCCAGUUGAUGGUUUAAUUCUUUCCUUUGGAGGAUUGGGAGGAGGGGGACACACCGAGGCGGCGGAGUCGAUUACAAAAGCAGGGGGAGAGAGGAGGAGAAGCCAAGGAGACCUUUCCGACGUGCUGCUUCUGGUAGUUUGCAACUAGCAAAUAAAAGACCCGCUGUCUAUGGAGAGAAGGCUUUUUAAAAAUUAGUAUUGUUUAGGCAACGGCUGCGCAUUGUUGGUUCUCUUCCCCCGCCCUGUUCGGAUUUCACUAUUUUUCUCCUUGCUGAGAGCAAAACGAGAUGCGGGAGGGAAGGGGUUCAGUUGCUAUUGGGGGGGGGGGGAGAGAUUACAGUAAACAAAGCAAGGUCGAUCUCCACAAUCGGGCACCCUCAACAAACUCUCGUGCUUUUGCUGUGUCUUGGGUGCUUUCCCCCUCACAGUUUAAAAAGUUAAGUUUGUUUCUAAGCGGAAAAGUCAGGCCAGCUGCAAAGAGAAGAUUGUUAAGUGGUGGUUUUCCCCCCAUCGCCGUCGAAUGCCCAAAGCGGUGCGCUUUUUGUCGUUUUGGCGCAGAGGCUGCUCGGCUUGCCCUGGGGUUGCGGGGAGAAGGCGAGGAGGAGGGCUCGGCUGGCCGGAGAUGCGCCUUGCCUGCGGCUCAGGUGUUUCUGAGGCAGGGGGCCCUCGGGGAACUGCGAUCUUAGGCCCGGUAACGCGCCCUUCCCUGGCGACGCUGCGUCCCCGGAGGAGCCGUGCGCUCCCGGCAAAGAGGGAGGGCAGAGUCCCUGGCAGCGUGGCGCUCUCCAGUGACCAUUUUUUCUUUUUCUUCCCUUCUUCCUUCCUCUGCUCGCGUGUCUAGGACCGCUCCGAUGGGCUGAACGGGAGCUCCACCGGAGGCCGCCUCUCCCAGCUGUCGUCGCUCAACCAGGCGGCGGCGUACUCGUCGGCUCCCCCUCUGUGCCACACGCCGGCCUCGGACUUCCAGCCGCCUUACUUCCCGCCGCCUUACCCGCAGCCGCCGCUGCCCUACUCACAGAGCCAGGAGACCGGCUACCCACACCUGGGCGACCCCUACACCGCCAUCAACCCCAUCCACCAGCACCAGCAGAGCAGCUGGCACUCCCAGCGGGCUCGCCAAGAGGAAGCGGCCGCCGGCCUCCUCUCGCAGACGCACCGCGCGCUCGGCCUGGACCCGCGCAGGGACUACCCCGGCGUGCCGCGCUUGCUCCACGGCCUGGCCGACGGGGCGCACGCCCUGAGCGACGGGCCGCUGGGACUGCACGCCCUGGGCCACCACAGCAUCGAGGACAUCCAGGUAGGCACGCGGUUGGCUCAAAGGGGGGAAUAUCCGGCUCAAAGGGGGGAAUAUCCGGGAAGGGAAGGAAAAUUCGGGUCCUGGUGGCGGGCGCUUUCGUCGAGGGGCGCGCAGUAAAAGGGACAGUGGCAACCACCCGGUUGCCCCUUCUCCAGCAAAUAUUGCGGGCUGCUCGGAGCCUGUCGCUUGACGCAGAAAGAAGUCCCGCCGAGUUCAAUGUCCUCCAUCCGCCCCAUUGGAAUCUAGCGUGUGUGUCUGCUUACGUCGGUGGUUGGCUUGCCACUGACUUGGGAAGCCCCCUGGGAGAAAGAAAGGCAGGAGAAAGGGAUGGGGUACAAGCAGCGGAGCCUCCCACUCCUCGUCCCACAGUUCAGGCCCGCCGUCCCGUCCCCGCGCCUAUCGACGUCGAAUUUCGAUGA